CAGUUCGGCUCUUUUUAGUACCUUUUGUAAAACUUGAGCACAAUAUUUCUUUCUGAACGAGGAGAAGGUCUUGCCUUCUAGUCUUGUGUCAUCCCCUCUCCCAUCAUUACUCCCCUACCUAGGGCCAUCCUGGGACAAGGUCACACUUUCUUCUGAGAACAUGAGCGUUCAGUUCAGGAGAGUUUUGUUGCAGAAAGUUGUCUGCAGGUCAGCCUGCUGGGGCUCGGAUGCAGGACUCAGGAAAGUACCCCGGCAUAGCAAGGCGCUUUCUGAGGUGCGUUUCCUGGGCCCCUGGGCCGGGGGUCGAUUGCCUACCAGGUUCCAGAGAACGUCCUCCUUCUCCACACGGGCAGCAGUUCCUGCAGGCGACUAUGAGACCAUUUUCAGGGCGUCGGUGGAGGAGCCUGAAAAACUGUGGGCGGAGGCGGCUCAGGGCAUCGAGUGGCAGAAACCCUGGACAAAAACCAUGGAGCGGAAGGACCUCUAUAGCACCUCUUGGUUUGUUGGAGGAGAGCUGAAUAUUUGUUACAAUGCUGUAGAUCGCCAUGUUUUGAAUGGACAAGGAGACCAGAUUGCUAUUAUCCAUGACAGUCCUGUAACAAAUACUAAAGAAGCUAUAACUUACAAAGAAGUUCUUGAACAGGUGUCGAAGUUGGCUGGAAUCAUGGUGAGCCAUGGUGUGAAGAAAGGAGAUACUGUUGUCAUCUACAUGCCCAUGAUUCCACAGACAAUGUACACUAUGUUAGCAUGUGCAAGAAUUGGAGCUAUACAUAGCCUCAUUUUUGGUGGGUUUGCUUCAAAAGAGCUCUCUACUCGCAUUGAUCAUGCAAAGCCCAAACUCAUUGUAACAUCAACUUUUGGAAUAGAACCUGGACGGAAAGUGGAAUAUAUACCACUUCUAGAAAAAGCAUUGCAGAUGAUAAAACACCAGCCUGAAAGAGUUCUCAUUUACAACCGCCCUAACAUGGGAACUGUCCCUCUUACCCAAGGAAGGGACAUUGACUGGCAAGAAGAAAUGGCAAAUACAAAGCCAUGUGACUGCAUCCCUGUUCUUUCAGACCACCCACUUUAUAUUCUUUAUACAUCAGGAACAACUGGCACACCAAAGGGUGUUGUUAGACCAACAGGUGGCUAUGCAGUUAUGUUAAAUUGGACCAUGUCAGCUGUAUAUGGACUUCAACCAAAAGAGGUUUGGUGGGCAGCUUCUGAUUUAGGCUGGGUAGUUGGCCAUUCUUACAUUUGUUAUGGACCUCUGCUACAUGGGAAUACAACUGUGUUAUAUGAGGGGAAGCCUGUGGGAACUCCAGAUGCUGGUGCUUUUUUCCGUGUGCUGGCAGAACAUGGAGUAGCUGCCCUUUUUGCUGCACCAACUGCGAUUAGAGCCAUCCGUCAGCAGGACCCUGAGGCUACCUUGGGGAAGCAGUACAGUUUGACAAAGUUCCGAACAUUGUUUGUAGCUGGUGAGCGAUGUGAUGUUGAUACACUAGAAUGGUGCAAAAAAAUCUUCAAGGUGCCAGUUCUGGAUCACUGGUGGCAAACAGAAACAGGUUCUGCUAUAACUGCCUCCUGCGUUGGCUUGGGAAACUCUCUUACACCUCCACCAGGACAGACUGGAAGACUGGUGCCAGGAUACAAUGUGAUGAUUCUGGAUGACAACAAGCAACCAGUAAAAGCAAAUACUUUAGGAAAUAUUGUGGUGAAGUUGCCUUUGGCUCCUGGAGCCUUUUUGGGUCUUUGGAGAAAUGAAGCCCUAUAUAAAGAGUUAUAUUUUGAAAAAUUUCCAGGAUACUAUGAUACUAUGGAUGCAGGUUUCAUGGACGAAGAUGGAUAUGUGUAUGUCAUGUCACGAGUGGAUGAUGUGAUCAAUGUUGCUGGUCAUAGAAUUUCAGCAGGUGCAAUUGAAGAGGCUGUUCUCUCCCAUAAGGCUGUGGCAGACUGUGCAGUUGUUGGUCAUGAGGAUUCUUUGAAAGGCCAUGUGCCACUAGCAUUAUGUGUUCUAAGAAAUGAUGUGAAUACGGAAGAGGAAUCACUUAAGGACGAAAUUGUUCAGAGAGUUAGAGAAAAUAUUGGUCCAGUGGCAGCAUUCCGGAAAGUGCUACUUGUGAAACAGAUCCCAAAGACACGUUCUGGCAAGAUACCACGGUCGGCUCUUUCUUCCCUUGUAAAUGGCAAGACAUACCAGAUAAGUCCAACCAUUGAGGAUCCUGCUGCAUUUCAACAUGUGGAAGAUGCACUGAAGAAAAAGUUAAAGUGACUGUUUAAUGCUAUUAAGAUAUGGGUAAUAUCUGGAAUACAUUUCAUUUAGUUAUGCUGGGAACAAAACUGAAACAUUUUGGACUAAUUUUUUUUCUGUGAAAGUGUUGCUCAGUCCUACACUACAUUAGACAAUCAAAUAAGCAUAAUAUUUGUUUGGUGAUGUAAUUUUUAUUGAUGAAUGUUCAGAUUUGUCAAUAAAAAUUCAUUGAGGGAUUCACAUAUCUAUUUAAAUAAUAGUGUAAAUUCUGAAGUGUUUGAAAUGUACUUGGCACCUCUGACCUAUAAUAAUCAGGAACUAAUGGUAAUGAAAGGUUAUGAAGUGUUAGCCAGGAUAAAACUGAGUGCUCUGUUCUAAGGAAAGACUUAACUUUGUGCUAUGACAUGAGGUAGUAUAAAAACCAAAAAUGUAUGCUGUUUUAGCUAUUCCUAGAAUGCUAUCAGAAUUAAGGUUUAAAAAAUUAUAAGAAUUAAUAGAAUAUGCUAUAGGAACUAAACGUACUUUAUAUAAAUUGUCCCCAAUAACCUUUACAGCAUUUUGUUUUCCCUUUAUUUUGUUUCUCAUAUUGAUAGAAACAAGUUGUCAGGGGUCAGUUGGUGCCCCCCACAUUCCUCAGUCUCUGAAUCUGCCAUUGCUGAGCAGCAACCACUACCGCUUGCUACCUUUUACACAGCAAGAUCAGGUACUCUCAUGGCCCACCCCAGCCUUAGUUCCAUAUAGAACCGAUAGGUGUUAUUUACUCAGCAUCAUCCUGAAUACACGGUUAUGCUUUUCUCAGGGAGGGGGCAGGCAGGUUGCUUCCACUAAUUACUUGUUUGGUUGGCUGGAGGGAGCAGCUGAAUGUUCCCUAUCUGCUUUAAUGAAGUUGGGGUAGAUGGGGGGCAAAUGAGGAGUGUUGCUGUCUGCAAUCUAUACUAAUACCAAUUAAUCUUCCUUUCACAUUACUGAUGGGGGGCAAAAAAGAAUAAACUGGCAGAACUACUCCCUAAAACCUGGAAGUGACCCCUAUUUAUCAUUUUUCAAAAAGUAAAUUCUAUCAAAAUAUUUCAACAUUGUACUACACAAUAUUAAUGUCAUUGGGUGGAAAUUACGACAUUGUUUUUAAACAAAAUGUAGCUAUGAUGGGAACUGGCACUAAUUGAUCACUUUUACUUUGUAUUUUUGUUACCUUCUACAUUAAUAUUUUUUUUUUGCUAUUACUCUCUCCCCCCAUUUAGAAGAUUUUGAUAAUUGUUACACAAAUAUACUCUGUGGUCAAGUUUUCCAGGCAAGGCAUGCAUGCUAUUAAAUUUAAAAUAUAAUCUGAGGUAGAAGCAAUUGAUUUUCUUUUCCCUUCUUUAUAUGCUCUUAUAACUCUUUGCUUCCUGGACUUAUCAAAAAGCGUUCCUGGGAAUCACUCACCCUUUCUAUUUAUGUUCAGCUCAGCCCAAAUAGCAUUCACAGCCUCUUCCCUUUUAUAAAGAGAACUCUGAACUUAAAAACACGUUUUCUAGUAAAAGGGUGAUGGUGGGAGGGUGCCAUAAAAGUCAAACAGCAUUUUGAUACUAAAAUAAAGUUUCAUUGAAAAACACAUUGCUAGAUUCAGCUGUAUUCUUGUCCAAAAUGCAUUAUUUUAAAAAAAAGACAGUCUAGAGGAAUGGUUUCCAGAUCGAUUUUUAUCUGUGCUCAGGCUUCAACCCAGUGAUUUAGUAGUCAGUGCAGCAAAACAGUGUCUUGGUGGCUAUCACAAAAGUACUACGGAUCUGCAUUUUGGAAAGUGCACUUUUGUUAUAUAAAGGAGAAAGUUCAGUGCACCAUCUUGUGGAAGACUGCAUUAAUGUUUUCAGACCUGAAGCCCAACGUCUGUCCCUUACUAAAGCUAUGACACAUGUACCCUGAUCACACACUGAAUACAUAAUCAGCACUGAGUUUCUUUUAUUGACAGCAGGGGAGAAAAAUCUGUCACCGUUUCGUUAAGUGAAGUCUGGUAAAUAAAAGUACGCGAUAAAACAAAUGUACGUGCAAGAUGUUGGCAGAUCAACCUGCUGAAAGGAAUAACCAAAAGACAGGUCUUAAGCUAAGAUCAGGCGGCAGGAGAUUAGCAAAUAGCAGGUAAAUGACAGAAUUAUAUAGGUCUUACUUUGAAACUUCCCAUAUAAACAAAGAAUAAACAUCAAUAACACCACCAAAUAAAGCCACAGCAGGUAAUAGUUUCUCCUCUAAACUUUUGUACACUAUAUAUUACUUUGCUGUCUUUCAGUUACUUCUUCUGAUAAAGUGACUUCAGUGAAGUCUCAGCAAGGCCAUCUUGGAUAAAAGUGUAACGUUAGACACACAGCUGUCUAAUACCCUAUGAUAUUGAAACAAUGGGAGGACAUUUUUAUACAACUGAAAACUUGAAGAUCAGAAUUAUUUUUUCCUUUCCUUUUUUUGUUUGGUUGUUUGACUCUGAUGUUGGUUGACAUAAGUAGAAAGUGGAAGGAAAAAAGAUUCUUAGCAAAAGAAGUUUCUUCUUGGUCCAUGAAUAUCCAUGAGGAGAAUGUCUUUGUUAAUUUCCUGUAAUUGCUUUUUAUUCUUGCAACAGUUUUUUGUUCAUGUUGAGUUUAAAAAGGAGAGCCAUCACAGUGCUUUUCUACAAGAUUAUAUAUAACAAUUCUGGUUUGCCUUAAUAGGUCCAUUUUUUUGGCUCCAGUUCCACAUUUAAAUAAUUCUAUUGGAAAUAGUCGGAGGCAGGUGUUGAGCUUUAAAUAUCGACAGAGGUGGGUUUUUUUAAAAAAAGUAGGAACAUGUUGAAGCAUCUAAUAACUCUGCUAAACAUAUCCAAUUGAGGGCUACAAUUCAAAACUGUAAAAAUGGUGGAAUGGAAAGAUACAAACAGUAAGUAGUAUUGACACUGUAUUGUCAAGUGUUUGCACUAAGACCCCAUGUACCAUAGAUUUGUUUUAAAAAAUCAUAUUUAUAUUCAUUUACAUGAGACUUACACAUAUUAAAAGAAAUACAUACACAGUAAAUAUGUAAAUUCUAUUAUAUUACAAUAAAACAGAUGAAAACAAGUCUAAAAA